AUGUAUCCUUUGCGUCCCGCCUUGCCCCGUCUCGGUGACGAUGCCCGUCUUUGGCCCAUCAUGAGCUCCCCGACCUGUCUGGCCGCCUAUCGCCUUGCCUUUCGCCCGGCCAUCAGCUUCCCACGUGCAGCCUUCACCACCACAUGCACUUCUUAUCACCAGAAACCGUGGAGCGCCGAACCCCGUGCCCGCCACCCCGAUCCUAGCUCAUGGAGCUUGACGCGCCCGAGGCCGCUGGCCAUCCAGCUCUGUGUUCCGGAUCUCGCAGUCUCUCGCUUCGCAACAAUCGCGUCGGAACCGCGCGAUGAAGCAGAGAUUCCCACUUCGCCUCCCUUCACUGCAGGUCCCUACUCAACCCUCACCAUCGGCAUCCCCAAAGAAUCCUUCCCUGGCGAGCGUCGUGUGGCCAUCACCCCCCAGAAUGUCCAGCUUCUCCUCAAAAAGGGUUUCUCGCGCCUUCUCAUCGAGCGCGGCGCAGGCGCCGAAGCUCAAUUCACUGAUGAGGCCUACGAACAAGCCGGCGCCAAGACAGUCGAUCGCCGCAGUGUAUUCAGCGAAAGCGACAUCUUGCUCAAAGUGAGGGCCUUGAGUGCUGAUGGCCCAGACAGCGAGGUUGACGCCAUUCGCGAAGGUGCAACUGUCUUGAGCUUCCUAUAUCCCGUCCAAAACAAACCCCUUGUGGAGAGGAUUGCUCAGAGGAAGGCUACUACUUUUGCUAUGGAUAUGGUACCCAGAAUUUCGAGGGCUCAGGUUUUCGAUGCAUUGAGCUCCAUGGCCAACAUCGCUGGCUACAAGGCAGUGCUUGAGGCUUCCAAUCAUUUUGGACGAUUCUUGACUGGUCAAGUUACAGCUGCAGGGAAAAUUCCGCCUUGUAAAGUUCUUGUUAUCGGUGCCGGUGUAGCUGGCUUGAGUGCCAUUGCCACAGCUCGACGCAUGGGCGCUAUCGUGCGCGGUUUUGAUACACGUUCGGCUGCUCGAGAGCAAGUCCAAUCUCUAGGUGCUGAAUUUAUCGAGGUAGAAAUCAAGGAAGAAGGUGGCGCUGCUGGCGGUUACGCCAAAGAAAUGUCCAAAGAGUUCAUUGAGGCCGAAAUGAAGCUGUUCUAUGAACAGUGUCGUGAAGUUGACAUUGUCAUCACCACUGCGUUGAUCCCUGGAAGACCUGCACCUAAAUUGAUCACAAAGGCCAUGCUGGGCGCCAUGAAGCCAGGUUCGGUUGUGGUUGAUCUUGCGGCUGAAGCUGGUGGUAAUUGCGAAGCUACUGUACCCGGACAAUUGGCAAAGUACCAGAAUGUGACAAUCAUUGGCUAUACCGAUCUACCCUCCAGACUCCCGACCCAGUCCUCGACGCUCUACUCCAAUAACAUCACGAAGCUCCUACUAUCCCUCGUGCCUGAAAGCAAGAAAGAAAAGUACUUCGAUGUCGAUCUCAAGGAUGAAGUCACUCGGGGUUCGAUUGUCACGUAUAAUGGCCAGAUUCUCCCUACCGCUCCUCGCCCGGCACCUCCCCCAGCACCCGCGGCCAAAGCCCCAUCCGCAGCCGAUCAGGUGGCAAACAUCGUCGCGCUCACGCCGUGGCAGAGUCAAACUCGCGAAGUUGUAGCUCUUUCUGCAGCAAUGUCUGGCGCGGUCGCUCUAGGCAAAUAUACCGGACCUCUGUUUAUGGGCAACGCUUUCACAUUCGCUUUGGCUAGUUUGAUCGGUUACCGCGUUGUUUGGGGCGUGGCACCUGCCUUGCACUCACCCCUGAUGUCCGUCACAAACGCCAUCUCUGGUAUGGUUGGAAUUGGUGGCUUCUUCGUCAUGGGAGGAGGGUACUUCCCAGAAUCUCCAGCGCACGUACUCGGUGCCUUGAGCGUUUUGCUGGCUUUCGUCAACGUUUCCGGUGGAUUCACUAUCACCCAGCGCAUGUUGAACAUGUUCAGGAGGCCUACAGAUCCUAAGGAAUACCCUUGGCUUUACGCAAUCCCAGCCAUUCUCUUCGGUGGAGGUUACCUUGCUGCAGCCAGUUCCGGCAUGGCUGGUCUUGUUCAAGCAGGAUAUAUGGUGAGCAGUGUGCUUUGCGUAUCCUCGCUUUCUGGAUUGGCUUCUCAGGCUACAGCUCGCCGCGGUAAUCUUCUUGGUAUAUUAGGUGUUUUCUCUGGUAUACUGGCUUCCCUCGCUGCUGUCGGCUUUGCUCCAGACGUCUUGACUCAGUUCGCUACUGUUGCUACCAUCGGCACCGUCGCCGGUCUUGUCAUCGGACGAAGAAUCACUCCUACCUCCCUACCACAGACGGUUGCGGCUUUGCACUCCGUCGUUGGGCUAGCUGCGGUAUUGACUAGCAUUGGCUCCGUUCUUGGCCACAGCGGUGCCGACAUUUCCACUCUCCACAUGGCAUCUGCAUGGUUGGGAGUACUUGUAGGAGGAGUAACAUUCACUGGGAGUAUCGUCGCCUUUCUCAAACUGUCCGCCAAGAUGUCCUCCCGGCCCUUGCUAUUCAGAGGGCGCCAUGUCGUCAACACGUCCUUGCUUGGAGCCAACGUGGCGACCCUAGGAACCCUAUUGACAUAUGCUCCCGGUGCUCCAUUGAUCGGGGCAGCUUGCUUAGCUGGAAGCGCUCUCCUUUCUUUCUUGAAGGGUUAUCUGACAACUGCGGCGAUUGGCGGAGGUGAUGUCCCUGUCAUGAUAACAGUCCUGAACGCCUAUUCCGGCUUUGCGCUUGUGGCAGAAGGGUUCAUGCUGGACAAUUCUCUACUAACCACCGUAGGCGCGCUAAUUGGCGUCUCUGGUUCCAUUCUCUCUUACAUCAUGUGUGUAGCCAUGAACCGCUCCCUCACCAACGUUCUCUUCGGCAGUGUGGCCCCGACUCCACAGUCGCAAGCCAAGCAAAUCGAAGGCGAAAUCACAAAGACUACGGCCGAAGAAACUGCAGAGGCCCUAGCAUCCUCGGAAAACGUCAUCAUCGUCGUCGGAUAUGGCAUGGCCGUCGCUAAAGCACAGUACGCCAUUUCAGACUUCGUGAAAUACCUAAAAGCAAAGGGCGUCAAUGUACGCUUUGCCAUCCAUCCGGUAGCAGGACGCAUGCCUGGACAGUGCAAUGUGCUACUGGCUGAAGCCAACGUUCCCUACGAUAUUGUUCUUGAAAUGGACGAGAUCAACGACGACUUUGGCGAAACGGAUGUCACGCUCAUCAUUGGCGCAAACGAUACCGUGAACCCCAUCGCGCUGGAACCUGGUAGCGCUAUUGCCGGUAUGCCUGUGCUGCAUGCGUGGAAGAGUAAGCAUGUGGUCAUGAUGAAGAGAGGGAUGGCGAGUGGUUAUGCGGACGUGCCAAACCCCUUAUUCUACAUGGAAAACACAAAGAUGUUGUUUGGAGACGCAAAUGAUAGCUGUAAUGCCAUCAAGCGAGCUCUAGAAGACAAGAAGUAGGCUACUUCGAACCCAAACAGCUAAACCUGAACGAAUGAAACGAACAACUCCAUCCCUAUGGAAUAAACAACCCUCCCUUUCUUCUUACGAUCCUUUCCAUCAGUCCUUGUUCAUGUCUUGUUAAGUGAUGCCAUGUCACGUCCAAAAGCAUGGAAUGUAUAUACCACGUGCAUACAUACACACAUCUAUAUAUAAGCGGUGCUAGGGGUCUCAGCCCCCUAGUGCAAUCUACUUGGAUAGCGCUACGUAUUAGACUUUCACUUCGGUGAUUGGUCUGUACGUUAGAUGAAUCGGUUUGCUGGUAGUUUAGAAAACCGUCCUUCUUCCUGCAAUGAACGAGACAUCAUAUCAUACUUGUCAAAUUAUCCUCUUCGCAAGUAACUAGUCAAGUGACUCUAGCGCUACUACAUAAACUUAAUAAUCUUUGCGGCCAGUGAAUUCUGACCUGAAGACAAAAACAGGCCCCGUUCGCAUGUCAAUCGGAUACAUUCUUCUUCCCUGCUCUCUCCCGACAUCAAACUAACUCACUACCAACACAAUAAAAAGGCCAUUAGCAAUGAUUGCAAACUAGACUCACGAAAUCAACUGCAAAAGGCAAGACAGAAAAAAGUGCUAAGCAACUAUACUCAACAAAUAAACAAAAAAAAAAUCAAGGACAUUCAUAAUCUUCAAACCCAAAGAGUCCCCAUGACAGUGAGAUUAAUUCCAACAACCCACAGCCCACCCAAUCAACCUUUUUGAAUAAUGAACCACGCUUCCAUGAGAAAACAUCAACACCCCCAUAAUCAGCCCCCUCACUACUCCGCAGCAGCAACCUUGAUCUCCAAAACAUCCUUGCCAGCGCCCAUCUUCAACAACUCCAGCACGGCAGGGAGAUUCGCUUCGGUCAAGAUGGUGUAUUCGGGCCACACUUUGCGGUCCCGACCAGCCUCGCUCCAGUGGAUGCGGAACUCCUGGAUCGAUUCCUGCGGCGCUUCCUUGGAUUUGUACUUGGACAUGACUGAUUUCGUUUUUUUCUUGCGUCAGUUUCUCGCGUAU